GCCCAGGGGACCUAGGCGCCUCCAGGCGAGGGAGGAAGAGCCUUAGGCUGCGGGCUGGGCGAGGAGCUUAGAAGAGGCUUGGCAACGUGCAGUGGGCCGGACGCCAGCCAGCAGGGCUGGAGGUCAGCCUGGCCAGUGUCUCCUGCCCGGUCGCGCUGCCCAGGCUGCCCGCCAGCCCGAUGCACGUCCUCCCUGCAGUGUUGGGGCUGCUGCUCCUGGGGUGCCUCCGAGCCUUCCCGCAGGAUCGGGUCAGCACAGAGGCUUGUUCCAGAACCCCCAGCCACUACUACAACAAGGCUGUUCAGAGGUGCUGCUACCAAUGCCCAGAAGGGCAGACCUCGCAUGAACCGUGCCCGCAGGGGCCCACCGGAUGCAGGAAACAGUGUGAGCCUGACCACUACCUGAGCAGAGAGGGCCGCUGCCUUGCCUGUGUGACCUGCUCUGGAGGUGACCUCGUGGAGAAGACUCCGUGUUCGUGGAACGCCUCCCGGGUCUGCCAGUGCCGUGCCGGCAUGUUCUGCUCCACCUCAGCUGCCAACUCCUGUGCUCGCUGCUUCCCUCACUCUGUCUGUUCUCCAGGGACUGUUAUCAAGCUCCAGGGCACAGCAGAGAAGGACACUGUCUGUGGACCUGCGUCCCCAGCCACCAGCCCUGACUGCAGUGCCAGCGCAGAGGACUGCCUGCAGCCUGCCAGUGGUGCCACCCUGCAGGCCAAGUCCUUGCAGACCACACCAGCCAGCUCUGAUGCCAAGACCAUUGAAGAGGGCAGCCCCCCGGCUGUGGACGACACACCCCAAAUGCAGCCUGACUCUCCCUCCCCAAAAAACCCAGAGCUGGCCUCCCAGCAGCUGUGCUCACCGGGGUCCGGGGACUGUAGGCGGCGUUGUGAACUUGAGUAUUACCUGGACCAAGCCGGCCGCUGCACAGCUUGUGUGAGCUGCAGUGGAGGUAUGGCUGAAAGGGACACCGCUGAGAAGUCACCUCCCCUAGGGGUCCUCCCUGACUGCAGUACCAACCCAGAGGAAGCAGUGCCCACCAGCAGUGAGGGGCAAGCCAGGGGUGUCACCCACGCCUGGGAGGAUGCCUCCACUCCAACCAGUGUCCCCAUCUCCUCCUCCUCCACAGGAAAGCCUAUUUUCAUUCCAGAGCCCGUGAUCUUCCUGGUGAUCGUGCUGGUGGUGGGCGUCAGCUCUUGCUUCUUCCUGUACCAUUGCCAGCUGUGCAAGAAGUGGAUCCAGCAGAAGCUUCAUCUGUGCCACCCAAACCCGAUCCCCCGGCCCCAGCAGGAACCCGUGGGUCACCCCAGCCACUCAGCGGCCACCGUCAUCUUGGCCUGGUCUACAUACCCCCCCACUGUGGUCUGUCUGGCCUUGGGUAUCUGGCAGGAAGACCCCCGGCAAGAGACCAGCUCCCUCUUAACGGGGGGUGGGGAGCAGGAGAGAUUGGAGGCCCUUGCACCAGUGCCUUCUCUAUGCCCACAGGAGCCAAAGAGGAGCGAGUCAGCGGCAGGACCAGGCACAGACAAGCUGGGGCUACUGAGCCCCCCGGCCACAGAGACAUGCCCCAGUGUGAGGGCGGCUUGCCCGGAGACCCUCAGGCUGUUGGAGGCCAGUCCCCCGGGAGGCUCUGGGUCCUCCUCAGACCUCCCUGAGACCCGCGUGACCUCAGAGCACAACAACAACAGGAUUGAGAAAAUCUACAUCAUGAAGGCCGACACGGUGAUCGUGGGGACUGUGAAGACAGAGCUGCCCGAGGGGCGGGGCCUGGUGGGGCUUGAGGAGGACCUGCAAGUGGACUGUGCCCCCCACUACCCGGAGCAGGAGACCGAGCUCCCCGAGAGCAGCUGUGGGGACGUCAUGUUCUCAGUGGAGGAGGAAGGGAAGGACGAUCCCACACCCACGGCAGCCUCUGAGAAGUGAAGCUAGGGCCUCAGCUGGCCUGAGAAGGCUGCCGAGUGUCCCCUGUGGGGGCUGGGGCUGGGUGGAUGGCACAGGCUUGGGGCAGAGACCCAUGUGGCCUGAGCUGGGACUCUGGCCUCUGUGGAGGGCCGUCUUGUGAGGGGGAGAGGUGCUGGUGGCCUCUGCUUGCUGUUCCCUCAGCUCUACUCUGCCGCACAGACCUUGGAGGAGCUGGGCUUGUGCCAAAGAGGCUGUGGGGAGCUGGGGUACUCAUGGAGAGGUGUGUGUUGGUGUCAGAUAGGUGAUAUUUGCUGGGCAUCCUGCUGUCUGCUGCUACAGAGAAAAAAAGCCCCAGGACCCUGGUUAUCAGACAGACCACUGGGGCUCUAGCAUAUCCAGUCAAAGGCUAUGACUCCCAGCCCCCUGGCCUCCCUCCUGCUCUACCCCUGGCCUCAGGUGUGUUGUGUGGACAGCCCCACCACCGCCUGAAGCCCUGGGGACGGGGGCAGGGGGCAGGUACUGAGGCAGCAUCUGCGGUUUCUUCUCUUGGGUCCAGAGGGAAUCCAUUGGCUGCUGAUCCAGGCUGGCCCAGACUGCUGGGCACCGGACCAAGGGGACUGUGCGGCCUGACCAUCAGCUCUGCUCAGACCGCAGGGAAUCCUCUUGGGGCUGCCAGCCUCUCCCCUCACUGCAGCCCCCAGCAGCCUGCAGUGGCAGGUGUCUCAGGAUUGCAUGUUCUGUGCACGCACACGCACAUGCACACACCUGUGUCCUGGGGAGUGAAGGUGCAGCUCUCCCACAUCUGCCUGACCUGUGACUGAGGGAGCUGCUGCACCCUGCCUUCUAGCAGAGUCUUGGUGUGCCUGUCACAGCUGGAGCCCUGUCCCGCAGACAUUCUGCCUGGCCAGUGACUGUGAUAAACACACACGGAGUUGGAAAGCUGUUGCCACUUGGGUCCAUCCCCCUCACCCCCUCACCCUGAGACCUUCAGAUUCACAUGAAUGAACACAUGGCCCCCAAAGGGAUGGGCUUGUGGGCAGCCUGGAGGAAUUACCCCUUGGAAGGGCAGGGGUGUAGCUACUGUUUAUUCACUUGGCUGCCGGCUCUCUGGAGGAAGUUGGGGCCUCUGAGGACUCUCUCGGGUGCUUUCUGAAUUGCUGCAUGUUUUGGGGAAAGUUGGAGUGGCUGGGACCCUGUGAGCAGUGGUUAUGCCAGCGGCUGACAGGAGAAGUUCUGUGGCGUGGAAGACAUCAGGUUCUCAACAGCCCAAGGACACUCAGUGCAGCCAGCCGCGGGGCCCUUAUGGCUUUGUGUUGAGGACAGUGUCACGUGGUCCAAAAAAAAGAAGCACUGCCUUCUCCUGGAACCCUUUGCAAACUUUUUCCUUUUUCUUCUUUUUACCUGAGCACUGCUCAGCUCUGGUUUAUGAUGGUGCAGGGCACUGAACCUGGGACCUUGGAGCCCCAGGCUGGAAAGUCUUUUUGCAGUAGUGUCAUUAUGCCACCCCCUCUGCCCCCCCAAAACUUUGCAUCUUUUGAAAACUGGUGAGAUUCAGGAUGCUGCUGUCACUGAACUAGAACUAGAGAAGCUGUGUGUUGGGAGGAGUGGAAGGACCCAGCUAGUGCUGUGUUCCCCUGACAGGGUCCCCCCUGCUCUGCCUCUGAGGACCUGCCCCCCACCUCCACCUGCUGGUGCAGCCCUUCCAAUGCCGGGAGGGUGCUGGGGGCAUGCUUCUUCUAUGUAGCACCCUUGUUGGUGCAAAGCCUGUCUGCAGAAGAGACUUGGAAUAAAGCCACUCCUGUCCUAAGGGUCCCUGUCUUUGUGCAGAAAGGCAUAGUGUGUGUGUGUGUGGGGGCACUCCCCACUGCCUUCACCGCCUCAUGUGGGCCCAGUAGCCCCACAACUUGGGGAAAGAGAAUCACAAAACAUCAGAGUGAACUUCCCUUGGACUUGGGAGCAGGGAGAGGACUGAAAGGGGAGCGGGAGUUUGGGGGCUUCACAUUGGAGCCAAGUGGCUCAAUCAGAGCCUGGAGGGCACUUGGGGGCUUCUGUUGCCAUUGGCAGCCAGCCUGGACCCCAUCUUCCUCACCCCACCAUCACUGUGGUUUCCUCAUGGGGAUGGGGGAAAGACAUUAAGAAAGAACCAUCACCACCACUCCCCCAGACUUCAGCUCAGCCCAGGCCUCAGCACUAGUUCAACCAAAAACCAGCCAUGGGUGCUGCGUGUUGAGUCUGAAAGUCAAGGUGAAUUCCCCUGCCCUGACUACAGAGAGAGUCCCUUCUUAGUUCCUGACAGGUGGAGUAGAGGACAAGAUGUCCAGGUAGGUAGGUGAGACAAGGCCCCUGCUAGUCAGGGGAGUCACUGCCAAGUUGUAAGGAACCCUCCUCUCCUCUUUUGCAACCUUCUUCCUGGACAAUUAUAGUCAGGGAGUGACAGUAAGUGACAAAUGUCCACCGGAAGUUGUUGCAUUCAAAGAAAAACCAUUGUUACCCAAGACAGUCUUGGAGAUUGUAACCUAGUCUAGGUUCUCAGAAUCUCAAAGGCUAGGGCUGGUCCUUAAAAUGACACAAGUGGAAUCCCAAUUUGUGAUGUCUAUAGAUUCAGGACAGUGUCUGAGCCACAAGGAAAUAAUUGACUGGGCUGAACAGAAACCACAUCCAGGGCCCAGGUGGUGGUGCACCUGGUUGAGUGCACAUGUCACAGUGUAUAAGAACCCAGGUUCAAACCUCCGGUCCUCACCUGCAGGAGGAAAGCUUCACAAGUAGUGAAGCAGGGCUGCGGGUAUCUCUCUGUCUCUCUCCCUCUCUAUCUCCCUCUUCCUUUCAAUUCCAGGCUGUCUAUCCAAUAAAUAAAAAUAAUAAUUUAAAAAAAUAACCAUUGGAAAAAAGAAAGAAAGAAACCAGGUCCAUGCACAGAGGAGGGGUGUCUCUUCUUCAGUCCUUCCCUGACACCCUCUGCAUCUCACAGUGGAGAUAGGGGUGUGUGGGGAGGAGAUGCAGGGAUCCGAUUCCAAGGCAGGACUCUAGGAGAGCUGUACCAUGAAAUGCUAGACCUUGACCAGAAGCCAAGAUGAGGCUGUGGAAAGCUUCAAGAUAGUUUUUUGGGCCUGGGAGGAAGUCGGUUGAGCCUUCAUUGGGCUCCUUCCUACACCUUUGUUGCCUUGUAUGGUGGCCCAUGCUGGGUGCACCCCAGGAGCCCUGUGGGCCUGCUCAGCGGCCAAAUCUCCAGCAGAUGGGAGCCAGGUGCUGGGCAGAGAAGACACGAAGGAGUGACAGCCUGAGGUGGGGUCACAGUGCUCCCCCUCACCCCUGUUUCCUUUCAAAACACCCACAAUGAAUGAGGUCAGGUCUGGCUACCAAGGGUGCCCCAUGCCAAGGGGGCCAGGUGGCUCUCCAGGGUCCCUGGUCCAGCAGAUGACAGUGAAUGGUCGAGUCAAAUAACAAAGUCAUUGCAGGGUUCAAGGCUGCCCAGGCACUACAGAAGGAACCCACUGCUCUGGGAGGCUGGGCAUAGCAUCUGGGACACAUUGGUGAGGCCGUCUGCCCAGGGAAGUCAGGACGGACGCGUAGCAGUGUCUAUAGCUUGGUGUACAACUGUCCUUCAACACCCCGUUCUUUGACUUUGCAGCUUCACUCCAUUGUGGUGUUUUCAAAUAUAUUCAUUAAAAGGUUGAUCAAAACAGUGAACAUGAUACAGUGAAUGCUCAGUUGUCUCAGCCUGUAUCAGAAUCAAAAUUAAAACGACUUGGUGUAUUACAUCGAAGUAAAAAACUCUGGGGUCAAGGGGAGGGCUCAGGUCCUGGAACAUGAUGGCAGAGGAUCUAGUGGGGGUCGAAUUGUUAUGUGGAAAACUGGGAAAUGUUACACAUGUACAAACUACUGUAUUUACUGUCGACUGUAAACCAUUAAUCCCCCAAUAAACAGACAAAAAUUUAAAU